AUGGACAGCGAUUUCUUCUACAUUUACAAGUAUCUCCAAGGACAGUCAAAUGGAAAGGUCAAUCCCAGUCUUCGGCGAGAUUGGUUACGCAAGAAGCACAAGUUCGACGUGGAAGCGGACAAAGUGCUCGAGUUUGUGGUCAGAAAAACGAGCGACUUCGAAAAAAUCGUCGACGAGCUCUGCAAAGAGAAGAGAAAAGCUGAAAGGAGGCUGAACGAUUCGGAUCAAGAGCGUCGUCCGGAGUUGCAGAAAAAACAGCUCCUUCAUAUUCUCCGGGAAGAAAUGGCUCUGGAGGCCCAAUCAACUACGGAGCAGAUCAGAGGUCUGAAAGAAAGGGUAAAAUCACAGGAGGCUGAAAUAGCUCGUCUCAAAGGAAUCAUCCAGACGAAGGAGCAGCAAGAGACGGAAAAACCUGGUCCAAGUCGUGUGCAAGUGACAGUUGAUGCCUCAGAUGGAGCAAAAGGAGGCGCUGCAUUGGAACAAGUGCCCAUUGAGAUGGAAACUGAUGAAGAUUACUUCGAGAAAAUGGUUCAAGAAGUACAAGAGGACGAAGAGAUGACGGAUACGGAACAAGAAGAAGAAGAACGUGAAGACUCUUCGGGGCGAAUUAUUCAACUCUGCCAACAAGCCCUCGAGUUGGAACAAGUACUUCAGACGUUUCCCUAUAGAGACUUUGGAGAUAGGAAAGUCAGCAACACCUGUACCUUUUGCGGCGCUGUAGACCGUCACUUCUCAGAUUCUUGCCCGCAGGUACAAGAUGGACACGAUCGAAACACAAUCGUCGAUAGAAAGAAG